CAUGCAAAUCAGCUGAUUGAAGAUCUGAAGCAAGACUGAAAUCAACAUUUGGACGUUUUGUUUUGACUUCAACAUACCUUGCAUGCUUCGUCUUCACCACUGCCAAUGAUGACACACCUGCAUAUACGUAAAGUGGUGCAACGAGGUAAAGACCAAAGCUGUUGAGAAGGAGUUGGAUGAAAUUUCCUGAGAACCCUUCUUUCCCUCUCUUGCAUUUCUGCAGCUACACAACAGAGGAUCUGUAUUUGGAACUUCUAGCAGGAGGAUUUCACAUGUGAGUGUGUUUGCAUGUAACUUCAUCAGGCUGGGAAUAGACCCAGGGACGCUGAAUCCCUCUGCUCUGGCUUGGCGCUAAACCAGUGUGUGUCAGCUGGUGUGUGAUAACAACUGGAGAUAACGCCACUCAAGGGCACACAUGGUCAUGAACCACCAUUAGCUUACUGUGAUUGAAAACUAUCUAAAUGUGGUUUGGAAAUCUUGAAGGAACGUCACAGCCAGCAGUUGAGUGUGUGCCAUUGAGGGGUGGCGAUUUUCUCAGAUUGCUGGGUUGCUUAAUUAACCCUUUGUGGUUUGGGAAUCACACCCAGAGUGUCUAAAAACAAAGGCAAACAAGGGACGAAGAUGACUUAAGGCCGGCUUGUGACACUGAAAUUACUGAAGAAGAAAGGAGCUUACCGCAGAUGUCCACAUCAUGACUCUGACCUGGGCAGGCGCAGCUUUCACUGUGACUGAAAACCAGGUGAUGGUGGAUCUUCCUCCCAGAAAAAAAUCUAUUUUUUACCAGAAGUUCUGGAUUUUUUAAAACAUGUGCAUCUGGAUUUUGCAUUAAGAAAUGUUUCCAAUAUAUAACUUAAAGUUUUACAGCCUUUUUCUACCCCAAAGGAUCUUUACUUGAGCAUUGUUUCUUUUGAGAUAAAGCUCGAGACAUCUUCAUCCAGCAUCCCCAAGUCUUGGACUCAGCUUAUCCCCCACUAGGAUGAGAGGAGAGAGGAGGUCUGCUUCCUUUCGUAGGGAGAAACCUGCAGGUCUCUCCCGAGCUCUCAGCUGGCUCAGCGUGUCCAACCUUUCUCGUCAGAACAGACGCAUCUUCCACAGUCAGAACGAGCUCCACGCCAUCCAUAAGCGUCAUGCAUACUCACACACUCAUCUUCACACUGCAGAUGAAGACAAGGAUGAUGAUGAAGACUGGGUAUACAAACCUCAACACAAAAUAGCGGUGUCGAACCUUGAUGAGGAGAGCAAGUGGACAGUUCAUUACACGGCUCCGUGGCACCAGCAGGAGAACGUCUUCCUACCAGGCAGCAGGCCGCCAUGUGUAGAAGAGCUCCACCGACAGGCCAAAGUCAACCUCAAGACCGCCUUGCGAGAAUGUGACAAGUUGAGGAAAGAUGGUUUUAGGAGCUCGCAGUACUACUCUCAGGGUCCCACGUUUUCUGACACCACACAGUCCACCAGCAGCCUGCAGGAUGAAGAGGAUGAUGAAAAUGAUAAAAAGUCCACAGCUUCUUCAGCAGAAGAUGACAAAUCUCAGCUCUCCAUGAGGCCACAAACCCCAAUAGGAGGAAGUGAAGGAGGGGAGGGGUCAGAGGUUGAUGGACAGGUGGUGUGGAACAAGGUCGCCCCCCUCCCUACCCCAGAGGAGAAGAUGAGGCAGAAUGCCAAGGCCGUGCCCACAGACAUAGUCCCCAUCAACGUCACAGGGGCAGUGUUUGACCGACAGGCGAGCAUCCGGCGCUCCCUCAUUAACACUGACACAGUGUCCCGCCGGCCCAAGAAGGUCAAGCGCAGAAAGACUAUAUCAGGGCUGCCUGACAACAUCAACCUGGAGCUAGCAGCAAAAGGACAUGGCGGAGAGCUACGGCCACAUUCCAUGUUCAUCCCGGGUCAGUACUCCACCUUAGGCAGAGCCGUAAGUGUCAACUCAACACUCCGACGUUCUCAGACAAGAGACUCCAGCUGCCAGACUGAAGAAGUGAAGAUCGUUCCCCCGUCCAUGAGGAGAAUCCGAGCUCAGAGAGGACAGGGAAUCGCGGCUCAGAUGGCUGGAAUCUCAGCUUCCUCCUCAACCGGAAGUAUAUCCAUCUCUAGCAGUGACAGCUCUGGGAUCCUGAUGCUGCAGAAUCAGUUUAAUGGAGAUCCUUCCCGCUUUCAUAGUCUGCCCCGACAGGGCGCCAGGGUGUCCCUCAGUGCUGAUCCCAUCUACAGCAGCACCCCCAUUAAGUCAGAGGAGCAGCUGACUCCACAGAGACAGAUUGGGAAACUUCAGGUUGAUGAUACAGCCGUGCACAUGAGAAAUGCCCCAAGGACAAGCACCCUGCCCAGGCCCAAGUCUCAGGAGGUGAGGGGUACACAGGCCAGUGAUUGGGGUGGUGGUCCAGCAUGUGUAGUCUCCCCACAUGCCGCUUACUCUACCUCACUCAUCCCUAAUGCCACCCUGCCUGGCUCCUCUGAGGUCAUCACCCUGAACACUGCUGCUCAGCUCAACCACUCCCCUGUCUUAGCUUACCCCACAGCCCGACCGCUUAGUCUGGCCUCCUCCACCAACUCCGACCACCUGAUCUCCAGUCCAGCCUCCUUCACCCACAGCUCCACCUGCCCAGCUUUGGCAACUUCUACACCCACUCACACAUCAAAGGAUGGUCAUCUGGUAGUUGCAGCCCCCGCCAGUGAAUCCGGGCAGUCAGACAGCAGUAUACACAGCCACAGCACUUUGGCUCCGACGCCUCCAUCCUGCCUGCAGGAGGAGCAGUGGAUCUACGACACGCCAGAGAAUGUGGUGGUUCCACAUCGUACUCUCACCUCCAGCAGCUCCACCCCGAUAAACCAGCUCUACAGCAGUCUGGACCUUUCCUCGAGAACCACCACUGACUCAAGCUCCCUCUAUUCCCAAGAUAACGAUGGGUACUACACUUCCAUGCACAUGGACUCAGGCCUGCACUCUCGCAGCCAUGGCAGCGGGCACGGUGCAGCAGCUGGACGCACUACACGGCACAGCAUGUAUGAGUGUCGUGAGCUGGCCAAUCAGGAAGACUCUGGAAGCUUGUACAGUGAUCGGUCACUUUCCCGAAGCAUCUCCCUCCGCAAGUCCAAGAAGCCUCCACUGCCCCCAGCUCGUACAGACUCUCUGAGACGCAAACCCGGUGGGAAAAAGCCCCUUGGAGGCGUGAGUGCUAUCAGCGGUGCAAGUGAGCCAAAUGGAGCCAUGCUGAACGAGACUCUGAUUGCUAGCUUGCAGCAGAGCCUUCAACUUGGCCUGAGAGGAGGAAAAGGAAAAGGGGCUUCACCUUCCUCGCCCUCUCACAGCCCAAGCAGUGACUAUGAUGACCCUUGGGUGCUACGGCCACGCAGUCAAAGUAGCAUCAGCGCAGGUAGCUCUGCAGCAUCUGUAGGAGCUAAUGCUAACUGUAGCGGCAUCUCAAACGUGUACUCUUUGUGCCAUGUGACGCCCACUCACAGUGAGACCAGCAGCUUACGCUCAGAUUAUGCUGAUUCCUGGGGUUACUACAUGGACUACCCUCGGAACCUUGGAGACCAGAGGGCGCAGACCCCUCCAGGACAAGCCUCGGAUAACAUGUCUAAUGGGGCUCAGAAAGGAGAUUUACAGAAUGGAGGUGAAAGUCACAAUAACCAGGCUGCUGGAGCUCCAGGUCAGGAUGGAGGCAUGGCAGUAAAGCCCAAAAUCUCCACCUCCUCCCCAGACAGAGUUCACAGACUGACAUCCCCAUCAAGUGGCUACUCCAGCCAAUCCAACACCCCCACUGCUGGGACCCCUGUGCCAUCAUUGGUCAGGUCCAUGUCCCCCUCAAGCAGCCGGCCCAAGCCCAAAGUCCCUGAGAGAAAGUCGUCCCUCCUCUCCUCUGUGUCCAUGUCCUCCUCCUCCACCUCCCUGUCUUCCAACACAUCCGACUCAGUUAAAAGCUCCGGUCCCCCUCCUCCUCCACCUCCACCCCUGCCCCUCUCCUCUUCUGCUCCCAACACCCCUAUCAGCCCCCCUCCACCCUUCCCUCCUCCCCUGCCACCAACUUCCAGUGCAGGUACUCCUCCACCAUCCACCCCACAGGGCGCAACUCUAAGGCCAUCCCCUGCCUGCUCCACCUCCCCAGAGUUCCCUCCUCCUCCAUCCCCUGACACGCUAAUCCACCCAAGUUCAUCUUUCAAUGGGAGCUUCAGUCCUCCGCCACCACCUCCCCCUCCUGCCCCCUCCAUGGGGCCACCUCCACCUCCUCCACUGCCUGCUUUUGUCCCACCUUCCUACUCCCCGUCUUUGGGGAAGGGGAUGAAGGACUCUUCUAAACUGGCUCCUUCCAGCAGCCCGACAAAGUCGCCUAAGCCUCUCAUCACCCCAUUUGCGCUGCAGAGCGUUCAGCUCCGCUCUGUGAAACGUCCAGAGGAGGAGAUUAACGGCAAAUCAGAGCGCGACAAAGCUCAGGACACGGGGAUGGACCUUCUUCAGGGUCUCAAGCAACAGACCCAGGAGAAAUCUUCCCCCCUGGAGCAUCCCACCAUAUUAGCCCUGUCAAACUGCUCCCAGGAGGAAGAGUCAAGAAAUUCCUCACCAUCACCUGUCUCAAAACUCUUAGAAGAUUUCCCUUUUGAUUGCACUAUCACAGAUUUCACACUAGAUUGUGCUCUCAUAAACGGAAAAGCUGAGGAUCAGAGUGGUAUUUUCUUAAAUGGAAAAGAAAAUACUGAAGAGUCCAGUCCCCCAGAGAGCUCUCAAAGUUCUCCUUUCAAACCGAAACCUCCAGUAGUCUCUAAGAAACCCAUAAUCCCUUUUGUACCACAGUUUAACCCCCAAACAAUCAACGAGCAGGCGCCAUCUCACAAGGAUGAUGCACCCAGUCUGUCACACACAGAAGACCAAGUUGAUGGACUGCAAAGACUCACGACUGAAGAGGAGGAAGAGAUAAAAAGUGAGCAACAGGAGGAAGAUGCGGAGGAAACUUCAGAGAGCUCAGAGAUUCUCGUGGAGAGCAGCGAAACGUCCACUGUUAGCCCUGAUGAGCCACAUAUUUCCGCUUCUAACAGCCAGGAAACAAGUCUGGACCAUGGGCUGUGCACUAAUGGAGAGGCUCAUGAAGAGGAAGAAGAGGAGGGAGAUGGAACGAGUAGCACAACUGGAUCUGUCAGCUCCAAGGAGGACGAGAAUGGUGACGUGUUUGACUCCAGCACGGCUGAAUCGUCUCCGGCCCCGUCAGCCAACGGGGCCCGAGAGGGAAACAUGGUGACCCCGACUCCCUCACGGACUCGAACUACUGAAGACCUCUUCGCUGCCAUUCACAGUGAGGGCAUGCAGUGGGUGGGUGCAACCUUUCUAGACAGGUCAAAGCGGAAGGUCCUGGGUCGCAGGGAGUCUGAGGAGGACAAAUCUCGCACUGGGAACAACCCACAGUCUCCGCCUGUCACCCCUACAAACACAUCCCCAGCAUCCGUGUCGUCCUCUUCUCGCCAGGCUGGCUCCAUUCAGCGAAAUCUCCGCAAGUCAUCCACCAGCAGCGACACCUUCAAAGCUCUCCUUCUGAAGAAGGGCAGCCGCUCGGAGACCAGCUUCAGGAUGUCCGCCGCAGAAAUGCUUCGCACGACUGACCCUCGUUCGCAGAGAACACGCUCCGAGUCGGCAUUGGACGCCUCUACUCCUUCACCCUCCUCCCCUACAGCGCUGCACAGCCCCCUGACCUCCCCCGGGCGUGGCAAAAGGGCAACAGAGGAGUGGAACCGCUACGAGGUUCUGUCUCCAUCCUCGCCCACUUCUUCAUCCUAUUCAAUGAGCGGGUUUAAGUAUGGACGCUCACGUACACCACCCUCUGCUGCCAGCAGCAAGUACAAUGCUCGCAACCGAAUCCUCAGCAGCCCAAUGACAGUAAUCUGUGAGCGAGAGGGAGAGCUGGCUGAAAGUGAGUACGGAGACACUGCAGAAAGUCUGUCAGGAAGCACAAACCCAACCCUCCCUGUGCUUCAGGACUCUAAUGGCACUUUAUCUGAGGAAAGCAGAAGUUAGAGAGCAACGAUGCCCUGAAACUCAGGGAGGUGAACACUCGUCAUAAGCAGGUAAUGGCCAGGAAGAGGAGCCACUGGGCCCUCCAGAGACACCUUCCAGAGCCCGUACUCCCCUUAGCGCUGCCUCUGAGGGAGUGGAUCAGUGGAGACCUGAUGUGAGGUCAGAAAUGGACCGGGCUGAACUCAGUCUGAAGUUGACAGCUGGUUCUGUGGCAGUUCUUUUUUUAACUCCCAUGAUUCUCUCCUUUGUUUGGUGACUUACCCUCUUUGUUAAAAGGAAAAUGUUUCCUUCCUUUACACCUGGUGUUCUUAGUUUGUUUUCCAUUUUUUGCUGUUUUUUUUUUUUUUUAUCUUAUUUGUUCUUAACAUGCAGCAACACUUGACUUUCUUUGAAUGACAAGGUUAGGAGGGCAAACUAAGGUGAACUGAAGGAACUGAAAAGUCACAAGUUGUUUUCUGACUUUGCUGCUGCGGUGCUUUGUAGCUAGGCAGUUGUAAAGAGUGAAAAGUGAGGGCUUAGCUUCUUUUAAGCUUCUGCAUCUUUGCUGGUUCGGAGGAGUGUUCAAGAGCUCCAUGGCGUUGGCUUUAAAUGGCCCAAAAAAUGUUCUGAAAAGAGCUUAAAUUAGUUGGAUACAAGAUAGCUCGCUUAUUGGUACAACUUUGGCUGGAGUAUUUGCUGUUUUUAGUUCAGCUGCUCAGUUGGCAGGGCUGGUGUGUUCAGAGGAAGUGCAGAGGGCUCAGUGCUGCCACCUAGUGAUGGCCAGAGAGUGAUCAGCAGUCGGGUGUACAAGGUCUGACCUAAAAGAGCUUAUCUAAUCUAAAAAAGGCUCAUAAAACACCUACUAAUGGACUUUUAGUGUUGAGAUUUUUGCACUGUGCAUAUGUCUUUUUUCUUUGUUUGUGAGUUAGAAAACUAUGUUUUAAAGAUUGUUUUAAUAAACAAAUGAUGUCAUGACUUGUGUUUUCAAGAAUCUAUAAAUGUAAAGCCAGAAGGAGAAGAGGAGAAAAGCUUAUUUUAUUGUCUGGGACUUUUAGCGAUCGUGUUGAUUACCAAAGAGCCGAGAAACGAACUGCUGGCUGUAAAACUGGACGUAAACACAAUCUGAGAGUGUGACAGCUUAACUCAUGCAUUAGGUUCAGCUUUUGCUAAGUUUGCUGAGACUUAAUUGAAGCUUUUAGGGCUCAAAUGAUUUCUAUAAUGCUGUUGACGUUUCUUUUUUUGCAGUUAUGUAUGGUUCUGUAUGUAAAUAGAUAGAGAAAUGAGUUUAAAGUAACACUUCGACUUAUUUUCAAAGACUUUGUACAUUUUUAGAGCCCUGUGUUUGUUGAAGGGGAAUGCUUUCCUUUUUGUAGAUUAUUUAUUUUCGUGUAGCAGGCCUGUGACGUUCCAUCACUACCAGCUAGCAUCUGACGGAGGCAUGAAGAGGUCACAUUUACUCUGCUGCUCCCACCAGGCCAUUUCAUUCUUGAAAAGGUGCUUUAGAGCAAAAAAUGCAAUAAUGUCAAUAUUUAUGCUUAAGCCUUUUACUGCCCUUAAUCUUGAGUCAUGCAAGGCCUCCCCUGGUGCUCACAGUGAGUAAAUGUGUCCUCUUAACCUGAGGUGACAGGCGUAAGGCUUCAUAACCUCCUAACACCCUGUGGUUUAAUCACCUGUGACCAAAGCGUGUCUCCUAACAGCCAACCUGGCUGUGAUGGAGCACUCGAGGGAGCUUUUGGUGAUGGGAAAUGUCUCAAUCUGGAACAAAACGAGAGAGAGAGAGAGAGACAUGAGGAGUCGUGAGGUAGUGGGAGUUGAGCUGAAAGCAGGCUGCUAACGCUCUGUGUAUGUCUGUGAAAUAAAAACAAGGUGAUAUUUACA